AUGGUUCUCUUGCCAGUGGGUCUCUCGAUCCUGAUCCUUGUCAACCUUCCUACUCGGCUUUCCUCUCAAGUUUACCAGAGAUUCUUUUUGGGCCACCGUCAAGUACAGGACAUCGACGUUGUCUUAUCCUACUACCGAGAGAACGUCACUACUGUCGCUCAGGGAAUCCAAGCUCUGCGUGAGCAACUAGGCUCUAGAGGCUUUUCCAGCAAGAUCAUUGUCUAUUCCAAGGAUGAAUCGCUCCCUGUAAACAACUCUUUGCAAACAUUGCUUGGUGCAGAUUCUAUCAUCAGGCUUUCCAAUCGGGGGCGAGAAGGUGGAUCAUUCCUAACUCAUAUCCUUUCGCAAUAUGAUCGAGCACAACGAUAUCCACACGAAUUUUCUUCACACAUAUUAUUUGGUCAGGCAAUCUUGGACGUUCAGGACAUUGUAAAUUCCAGGAUUUCUGUGCUUCGAAAGGAAACAUCUUUUCUAAGUCUUGGAAGAUAUGCAGAAUGCGACUGCGGAAGGGACGCCCACGGGUUGAAGAAAUACUUUCCACGUAUGCGAGAAAUUUGUGCAAUGUUUACAGGACGCUUAUGUCCAAGCGGCGGACAGCUGUGUACCUACAAGGGACAAUUCAUCGUUUCGAGCAAGUCAAUCCUGCGUAAUCCAAAGAGGCUCUAUCAAGAUCUCUUUGAUGUCUUGACGGCGCCCGAGGGUCACUGGAUCUACGACGAUGCAGGAGAUAAAGAGUGGGAAUGGUCCGGCAGUAAAAGCAGCCCGUCAAGCCCGUUUUUUGGUCAUGCCCUUGAACGUUCUUGGCCGACGAUAUUCGGAUGCGUCGACGUUCUGGUUUCUCGGAGGUGCUCACUCUCGUCGCCGGAAAGUUGCCAGUGUACACAUGACUUUUAG